AGUGUGCAUAAAGCUGCAGUGUGACACUCAGUCCACAGUGAUGACAUUACAAAUCUGUGUGUGUGUGUGUGUUUUGGGGGUGUAAUUAAACAAAUAAAGGAAGUUAGCGGCAGCACACGCACAGACACAUAGCUUCACCAUGCUGGGUUUCUGUCUCUCAGUGAGUGUGUAUAUGUUGCUAGUGAGCGUGGGUCAGUCUGUUCAUUUGGUCGGACUGAUCCAUUCUCCCGGUUUUCCACACGGUUACGGCUCCAACGUUUCUGAAACAUGGAGACGCUGUGCUCCACCUGGUCACGUCCUCGUCCUCACGCUGUUGCACCUCGACCUGGAGGAAAGCUUUGACUGUGAGAACGAUUUCCUGAAGAUUUUUGAGGGUGACUCUAAGUUGGCUCAGUUGUGCGGCAGAAAGACGCUGGAGGAGCUACAGGCUGACGAUCUCUCGCUCCGCUCAUCCUCUGGUGGCUGCCUCUCCAUCACCUUCCAGUCCGAUUACUCCAACACGGAGAGACACACAGGCUUUAAACUGUUUUACACAACACAAGAUUUUGAUGAAUGUUGGGAGAACGAUGUGACGUGUUCACAUUUCUGUCAUAACUACAUUGGAGGAUACAGCUGCAGCUGCAAACCAGGAUACUACCUCGGCGAAGACAAACAUAAAUGUCACGCCGAUUGCACAGAGCAGCGGCACGGCACGGGAGUUCUAACGUCUCCUGGAAGUCCCGGGCCGUACUUCGAGAACGCCAAAUGCUCUUUCCAUCUCUCUGUGGAUGAAGGGUUUCAACUAACGCUACGAUUCAUCGGAGUGUUUGAUGUGGAAAGCAGAGAUGGAAAAUGUGUCGACUUUGUAAAAGUUAAGACGGCCACUAAGACGUUUGGGCCAUUUUGUGGCAAAGACAAACCUGCCGACAUCCUGACCAAUUCCCAGCACGCUGAAGUCAUCUUCCAUUCAGACCUGGAGGGAACGAAUCAGGGCUUCACUCUCGAGUACAAACUUAAAGGUACGGAAUGUUCUGGAAAAGUGACACCCAACUCUGUCAUGUUUCCUGAGAAAGAUUUGUACAGUGUGGGCGAGUUGGUCAGGGUGAGCUGUGUGACCGGAUACACUUCUGAUGGCACUGAUGCAUUUGUGUCCAGAUGUCACUUAAAUGGGGAUUGGAGUCCCAAAUCCAGCUGUGAAUUGGUGGACUGUGGAUUUCCUGACCUUCCAGAGCUGAUGGAGCUGACAAAGGCAGACUCAGAGACUACAUACAAGCACAGCAUCAGUAUUAAGUGCCAAGAGUUCUACAAACUGGAAGGAAAAGCCAACUUCACCUGUGAAGCUACAGGAGAAUGGGUGGCUGACAACGGAGAGAUUCUUUCAGAAUCAUCAUCGCAGUGUGUCCCAGUGUGUGGCAUAACUAAAAGUUCUGCUGGCGGGAGGAUAUUUGGGGGAAAAGAUGCCAAACUGGGGGAAAUUCCCUGGCAGCUCCUGGUUAAAUACCCUCGAUUGGGAGGUGCAUCUCUAAUUAAUGACCGGUGGGCCGUCACAGCUGCUCAUGUGGUGGAAAACCAGAGAUCGCUGACGUUCGUAGGAGGGAUGAUCGACAGCCAGGAUAAAAACAUGGUCGAAAUGGAAACAGAGCUAAUCAUAAUUCACCCUAAUUAUGUAAAAGAAACCUACGACAAUGACAUCGCCUUGGUGAAGAUGUCUUCCCGGGUUCCUCUCAGUAGAAAUCUCUUGCCGGUGUGUCUUCCAGAGGUACAAACUAAUGGACCAGUGUUGGAGGGUAUGCAGGGGACAGUCUCAGGGUUUGGUGCCACAGGAGGAGAAAUGCGAUCUCAGAUUCUGCAGUAUGGCCAUGUGAAAGAAUUUCCAGGUGUCUGUUUUAACACUAAACGGACGGUCACUGAUAACAUGUUCUGUGCUGGUGAUCCAGACCAAGGUGUGGACAGCUGUAAAGGAGACAGCGGGGGUCCGCUCUUCAUUCCCAUGUUGGGGUUAUCCACCGAUAAACCUUACCGCCUCAAGGGGAUUGUGUCGUGGGGUCCUCCAAAAUGUGGAAAUAAAUUUAAUAAAGGUUAUUAUACCAAAGUAGAGAAUUACCUGAACUGGAUUAGGGACACGAUGAAAAACAAAGAGGAAAAAAAGUAAUGUUAAUGUGAUUGUUAUUUACACACAGCAGAAAGGUUUAAGAGCAAUUCUACAGCCUUCACUUGAAAUCAUAUCCCUGUUUGUAUAUCAGAGGAGUUCAGACAAUAAAAACAUAUCAAAUGA